AUGGCCCAGAUCCAGCCCGUCCGCAGGCAGUCCUUCUCGAACAGCUACGCGCUGUUCGACACGGCCGCCAAGCCCGUCGUGCCCGGCGCCAAGGUCGCCGCGGCCAACCUCGUCGUCGAGGAGGCGUUCGAGGACGACGACGACGACGACGAGAGCGACGACGUGCAGGCUGUGCCGAUGAAGGGGCAGGCCGCCAAAGCCGCCGCCGCCAAGCAACAGCAGGAGCCAAAGGCCGUGUCGGUCAAGACCAAGGCCAACGCGCCCGCCGAGAGUCCCGAGACGACCACGGCCCAGCUGGGCAGGAGCCCGACUGACAAGAAGGAGGGCUGGUGGUUCCAGGACGUGCGCGAGUUACGCAGCACCAACCAACCCAAAGGGCCAUAA